ACUUUAGUUAAUGUAAGUGCGGUUGCAGAAUCUGUGUUUGCGGAAUGUGGUUUUGUGUUUAAUUUUUUUAUUUUGUGAGACCACAAUGCGCUUUCUCAUCAUCGCUACAAUCCUGGCUACGGCUCAAGCCCUGCCGAGCCUGAUCUUUACGCAGCCUCUCACUCCAGUGGGCAUACAAUAUGCCUCAGAUACUCCAGCCGUCCACCCGCAUCCAGCAGUAGAGCGCAACGCAGCAAGCGAGGCUUUACUCCCGCGCCAUCUGUUGAAGUCUAGAGACUUCUACGACAAUCCAGCCAUCGCUGCUGGUCUGGCCAAGGAAUCCUGGUUUACCAACAAGGAGAUGCAGGUGGUAGAAAGAGAGGCAGAGAAGAUUCCCAGGCAGAAUAUCUACCACCUUGUCAAGAGUGCUGGGUUCUUGGAGCGUCAUUAAUUUUUUGUGAGGUAUUUAUAUUUUUAAUAAACCAUCCUAUCUUUGGAUCGAGGGCGAAAAUGAACCAAUCUAAAUUUGCUUGACAUCUUGAUUGGGUUCCCGCCAUUUUCAAUAAGAAUAGACCAAUCAGAAGUCAUUUUGACAUGCUUACAGAUGACGUAUUUAGAUUGGUUUAUUCCCAAGAUAGGAUCGAAGAUUUAUAUUAGGAUUGUUUAUUAAAAAUAUAAUUAUUAUAUUUCUAUCGCAGUAUGGGAUUAGGGUAGUUUACUGAAAUUCGCCAUUAGACCUACCGAUAAAGUAACGUAAAAUAGAUAUAUAUAUUUAUAGUUCGUGUGUAGUUUAUAAUCUAUUUAUACUUAGCAUGUAGUUAUAUUAAAAAGUUGCAAUAUAAUCAAGAGCGUUUAGAAAAUCGAAUAUCGUACUUAAGGUUGGUAACUCUGUUAGUUUAUGUUUUACUAUAAGAAUUGUAUUUAGUAUUUUAUUAGGUUUAAUAUGGACAUGUUCUUUUGUAUAUAGAAUAAUCUAGAUAUUAAUUAGUAUAUUUAUUGUCACCUGUUAUGCUUAUUCGUGUGUGUGUUGUUAUUGAUCUAAGUCAUUAUUUAUGCAUAAAAAUAUUUAAAUUAAGAAUGUAAUUUGUAAAUAUUGUGUAAGUGUAAAAUACUGUGAUCUCGAAACAAUAAGUACGCAGUAAGUUAUUGUUUCAUAUUUAUUGUUAAUAAAACUCUAUGUUGAUA